AUCCACUCGGUAUUUGACAUAUACUGUUUCCCGACCAAACAGGAAAUUACUGCAAUGGCUGCAGAGGCGAGUGUAGUUGCAACUUGCAAAUGCAGCUGAAGGUUUGGGAUCUUGGACCUCUCUCCAUAUACCCUACACCCAUAUCCGAACUCAUUCUACUCGACACCCCGUCAGCAUUAGAAAAGCGAAUCGGAAUGGUGCGGCGGGAGAUCACGGGUUAUUACACCGGCAUCCACUCCAAAACGCAAGGUAUCAUAGACCGGUGGAUCUCUGUUGAAGAGAAGGUGGACUCGCAUAAAAUCCUUCCGUGAUCCUACAGAGCCCUUAAAUCCGGACUGUUCUACACCGGAAUUUCUGCCCUAA